UAGUGGAAGCAAGUUCGGAACAAGUUUAACAACUGAUAUAUGUGUCAUUUGCUCACCGUGAUUUGUUUUGUCCCUAGUAACUAAACUACAACAGCAUACAGGGUAGGACAUAUGGAGACAAACUUCAGAGAAACACUGCAGGCAGAUUUUGAUGCAUUUGAUAUUUCUGAAGAGCUUGGAUUUAUCCUUGAAGAGCCACUGACUCACCUUCCAGACUAUUAUCGAGUGUGGUUGGACCUGGCAAAUAAUCUCACACAUUUGAUAGAGUCAUGUAAACUACGGGAUCUGGUUCAUAAGAUGCCGGUUUUGAGUCCACAUUUGUUGAGCAGUCAUCGUGAGCUGAGGCUGGCUCACCUGGCCCUGGGGUUCAUCAGCAUGGGAUAUGUGUGGCAAGAAGGGCAGCACAUACCUGCUAAGAUUCUCCCCAAAGCACUGGCCUGGCCUUACUGGCAAGUGUCUCACAGGCUUGGCCUCCCACCCAUCCUGACUUAUGCUGAUUCAGUUUUAGCCAACUGGAAGUUAAAGGAUCCCUCAGGGGAUAUGGAAAUUGAGAACUUGGACUUGAUAUUUUCCUUUCCUGGUGGGGAGAGUUGCAGGGGAUUUUUUAUGGUGUCGUUGCUGGUGGAGAUGGCAGCCAGUUCAGGCAUAACGGGGGCUCUGGAGGUGAUGCACGGCAUGAAAAUCUCUGACCUCAUCGGCAUACAGAAAGGUUUAAUGAAAGUAACUCAGUCUUUGAAGAAGAUGAAGGAAACUUUCAAGCUCAUGCACAAUCAUGUGGAGCCAGCUGCAUUUCAUGGAACAUUCAGAAUCUUUGUCUCAGGGUGGCGAGAUAACCCCAUGCUUCCAAGGGGGCUUUUGUAUGAAGGUGUGAGCAAUGAGCCAAUUUUGCUGUCCGGUGGAAGUGCAGCACAGAGUUCAGCCAUUCAGUGCUUUGAUGCUUUGCUGUGCAUUCAGCAUGAGGGUGAGGCAGGAGCCUUCCUGACACGGAUGAGAGAUUACAUGCCUCCUGCCCACCGUCAGGUGAUAGAGACUCUAUCUGUUUGUCCGUCAUUGCGGGAUUUCAUCAUGAGUUGCUCCAGCUCUGACCUCUGCCAAGCCUACAACUCCUGCGUCUCUGCACUGGUGGAUUUACGGAACUACCACCUUAAUACUGUGACCAAAUAUGUCAUUGUGCCUGGUAACCGUGGCAGGUCCAUGGGCUGUCCUCUCAGAGGAGUGGGAAGUGCUCUGAACGGCACUGGGACUGGUGGGUCUAACCUCAUGGUCUUCCUCAAGAGUGUUCGUAACACUACCAAAGAAGCACUGAUCUUAGAGAGGCCAACUACGUCGAGAGAAAAUGAAAUGUAACUUUUAUUUUUAAGUGUAAUUUGGACACGUUAAAUUUUUUAUAUGUUCCAUGCUCAUAAGGUUGUAUUUAUGAAAGGUUUACAUAAAAUUAAUAUGCAGAA